UGUCUUACGUCUGCCGACAGCGGAACUGAACGAUCGGGAGAGAGCCGAUCUGCUGGAAAACAACACAACAAGAUGGAGGUGGAGCAGCUCCUGUCUCUGUCCGGCUCGGCGCUGGCCCAGGCUGUCAGCUCUCUGCUGGAGACCCCCGGCCUCUACGUGUUCUCUGACAUCCUGGAGCUGCCUAAUGUCAGAGAGCUGGAGAACGGCCCUCAUGCACCAGUGUACCAGCUCCUCAACCUCUUCGCCUAUGGAACCUACUGCGACUACAAAGAGAGAGCGGCCUCUCUCCCAGAGUUAACCACGGCACAGAGGAACAAACUCCGCCAUCUGUCCAUCAUCAGCUUGGCUUCUAACCUCAAGUGCCUGCCCUACUCGCUGCUCCUGCAGCAGCUGGAGCUGAAGAACGUGCGCGAGCUGGAGGACCUGCUGAUUGAGGCCGUGUACUGCGACAUCAUCCAGGGCAAGCUGGACCAGAGGAACCAGCAAGUGGAGGUGGACUGCAGCGUGGGCCGCGACCUGGGCCCCAACGAGCUCCCCAACAUCAUCAACACGCUGCAGGAGUGGUGCACGGGCUGCGAGGCGGUGCUGUGUGGAAUCGAAGAGCAGGUCUCCAGGGCCAACCAGUACCGAGAGAGCCAGCUUAAGGUCAAAGUGCAAGUGGAAACAGAGGUCUCGAACCUGCAGAAGACGUUAAAGGCCAGCGCCGCCUCGCCGUCAUCGGGACCCGCCCCCGCAGGAGCCGCGUCCAAUCAGGACGCGGACCAGCCUGCAGAGCCGCGAGACCCCGCCUCCUCCCAGGAGCCGCGACAACCGGGCAAAAAGAGCUCAAAAGUGAAGGGGCUGCGCGGCAGCGGGAAGAUCUGGUCCAAGUCCAAUUGAGGACGAGAGCUUGAGAUGUGGUGAUAGCGGCACUGACGGACACUCUCCUCAAUUAACGGACACACGGACAUGUUGACCGACCGAUGGGCGCGUUGAAUAACGCGACCCCGGCUCUCAGACGCCCCCGCCGCCGAAAGUCCACCGCAGUGCGACGGGGAAGCUUCACGGGAACUCUUGUUGUCACCAGAUCUCACCUCGGACGGAUGCAGAGUCGCUCACACAGGCCGAUGGAUAAAACAGACGCGACAGCCACUCUUGUAUUUGUUAAUAGCCCAACAGGUGGACUGUCGGUGUAAAUACACUCGCCAAGACAGAAUAAUCUGAACCAGGAGUCGCUUGCCGACAACCGUAAACAACAUCAGUGUAUUUGAAGCCUACGUGAGUGUGUGUAUGUGUGUGUGUGUGUGCGUGCGUGCGUGCAAUUUUGUUGGUUUAAAAUGCACAUUUUGGUUUAAUUCUAUGUUGCUUUGUAUUUUUUUUUUCUCUGCUGAGUUGAGAAAUGUAUUAAAAAAAAUAAUAAAUCUGAACAUAAAUUGUUGGGAAAUAAAAGGAAAGCGUGUAACUUGCCUG